CCUUCUAAUCAAAACUAUCAUUCUAAAUGAAUCAAAAUUGACUUGUAGUUGCACUUCACAUGCUUAACAAAGAACAUACCAUCGUCAACUCCCUUUCUAUCAAACAUAAAACACCAAAACAAAUAAUAGUAGUUUAGGUUUCCUUCCUAAAACAACAACAAUACAAUGUAGUUCAUUCAUAACCAUGGAUGAUAAUCCUCUCAUUCUUCUUCUCCAUACUAACAAUGAAACCGAUCAAUCCAUGAGAAGAUCACAACUCCCACCAACAAAUACAAACACCUCUACUCGACACCAAUUCCCAUUCAUCGAAACCGCGACAUCACCAAAACCUUACCUUGAUUUUCUCGAAACCACCCCUCGUAGGCCGAAUCGCCUCGCCGAUUCCAUAUUACCCAUAAUAACCGCCGCCCCAAAUACAUCUUCAUUAGCAAACCUAUUAGCCGGGAUUAACAAAACAAGACAAAGAUUCAUCCGACGGUCCCAAUCUGCUCCAUGUCUCAUUUCUGACGAAUUUAGAGACAACUUCGACGAUUCUUUAUAUCCCGGGCCUCGAGGGAAGUCAACCCCGUAUAUAGUAAGACAAGCGUUCGUCGGCGUUAUCAUAUACGCUAUAAUCGUCGGAGCAGUUUACAUAUUGAAAUGUGACGGUUUCAACGGAUCGCACACGUUCAAACCGGUGGAUGCAAUGUACUUCACGGUUGUAACCCUUUGUACGAUCGGAUACGGAGAUAUCGUUCCAAACACAACUUUCACGAAAUUGUUCACAUGCGGAUUCAUACUGAUAGGGUUUGGUUUUAUCGAUAUAUUGUUAAACGGGUUGGUUACUUAUGUUCUCGAUAGGCAAGAGGCUAUUUUGUUGGGUACAGUUCAAGGGAACGUGGUGAAUUCCCCAUUUGGAACAUAUAUGAUUGAUACUAGGAAGGGAAGGAUGAGGAUUCGGAUAAAAGUAGGGCUAGCUUUAGCUGUGGUGUUCGGUUGUAUUGCUAUUGGGACAGUUAUGGUUCAUUAUUUGGAGAAAAUUUCGUGGGUGGAUAGUUUUUACUUGUCAGUUACAUCGGUUACUACUGUUGGGUAUGGAGAUUACGCAUUUGAGACUUUGGCAGGAAGGUGUUUCGCGAUCGUGUGGUUGUUGAUAAGUACAUUGGCUGUUGCUAGGGCGUUUCUUUAUUUGACUGAGCUUAGGAUCGAUAAAAGGAAUAGGAGAAUUGCUAAAUGGGUUCUUCAAAGGAAAAUGACAGUUGGUGAUUUAGUUGCUGCUGAUCUUGAUCAUGAUGGAUCCAUAAGCAAAUCAGAAUUUGUCAUCUACAAGUUGAAGGAAAUGGGGAAGGUUGGAGAAAAGGACAUCACACUAAUCUGUAACCAGUUUGAUAUGCUAGAUAACAGUCACUGUGGAAGAUUAACUGUAGCUGAUCUCAUGGAAACCACUCAAAAUUGAAUCAAUCCACAUUUUUCUGCUAGUAAAUGUUGAAUUUCAUUCAUUUAUUACAGAAAAUAUAUAUUUAGCUGUUUGAUUUCAUGUAAAUGAUACAGCAAAACUAAACAGAAAAUAUAGGAAUUGUUUAUCCAGUAUAAAGAGUUUUCUCAUUAAAGUAUUAACAAAUAUAAGUUCAACAAUUUUUUUUAA